AAUUGAAAUGAAAGUUUUCAAUAUUGUGUUUGCUGUUGUAGCAGUUGCGGCUUUACUGAUUGCGGAAUGUCACUCCUCCAAAGAUCCCGCCAAACAUGCCACCUGCUUGCAAGAGAACAACCUCUCCGAGGAGGAAUUCUAUGGCAUUUUGAAAGAGGCCAAAAAUGGUUCGAACGACAUUGAUUCACGCAUGAAAUGCUACACCCACUGCAUGCUGGAAGCUUCAAAGCAUUUGGAUGAAAAUGGAAAAUUGAAUUUGAACUCCCUGCAGGAUGAGGAAAAUGUGACCGAGGAUGAUAUCAAAAUAGCCGAAGAAUGUAAAAAAGAAUUCGAAAAUGUGGAGGAGAAAUGCGAAUAUUCGUAUCAGGUUUCGAUUUGUGUGGCUAAGGCCAUGGCCGCUAAGAAUGCGGCCGUCAAGGCCCUGUUGGAAGGUGAAAGCGCCCAUAUGAAUGAAGAGGGCGAGGAAUAAGAUGGGAA